GAGUAUCUAUUAAAUGUAAUAGAUCUUAUUUGUAAAAAAAAAAAGAAUCUCUUGUGUGCCGUAAUGUUAAUGUCGCUUUAAAUAUUUAAACAUACAUGCGAUUUACAUAUUUUUCAGAUAAAUUUAAAAUGACUGAAUCCAAAAAAAAGAAGAAAUCAUCCAAGGUUUCAACUGAAAGUCCAGUGAUUGAAUGCUCUCAUGCAAACAAAUCUGUAAAAUAUGAAGCUGUGUGCAAUAGUUUUCGACACUUGAAAUUAGGAUACUGCAAAGAUUGUCACACUAGCAAUAAUGAGGAUUCUGAAGUAGCAAUGAGUACAAACAUAUGUUUAUUUUGUGGCUCUCAGUUUUGCAGUAAUACUUCAUCUCAUCAUCAUGCUUUGAAACAUUAUAAAGACAAUCCAAAUCACUUCAUUUGCAUAAAUACUUCUACUUGGGUAGUCUGGUGUUUUGAUUGCAAUACAUCAGUGCCAUUUACUGAAAAUUAUGCUACUCUUGAAAAAACAAUCAACUUCUUGAAAAGAAAAAUUGUAACAGAAAAAAACCCAAAAAGUGACAUAGAUGUAAAUCUUCAUAUAAAAAAUGUUCAAUCUGUUCUAAAGGUUGAAGGAAGUGUUAAGGGAUUAAAGAAUCUUGGCAACACAUGUUUUUUUAACUCUGUUUUACAAAACAUAGCACGUCUGGAUAAGCUCUACCAAAAAAUGGAAUCUUCAAUUAGCAAAAAGUUUAUUACUCUAAAAGUGGAAACUAAGCCUAUAGAUGUUGAAAUAAAGGAAUGUCCUGGUUCACUUACAUCAUCAUUACAUAAUUUGCUUAAUGAAAUGAAUACAAGUUCAUCGAAAAUUAUUAACCCAUCUAAGUUACUUUCUGAGGUUUCCAAGAAAGCUCCUCAGUUUCGUGGUUACCAGCAACAUGAUAGUCAUGAACUACUUAGAUAUCUUUUAGAUUCCAUUCGUACUGAAGAAAUAAAAAGACUAGAAACAAGUUUAAAAGAAGCCUUGUCACCUUCAUCAAAUACUUGUAAUAUCAACGAAACAAUAAAGCUUUACUUAAAAUCUGCCAAAACCCAUAUAGAUGAGUUAUUUGGUGGUGUUUUUGUAUCGAUGAUAUGCUGCCAACAGUGUAAAGAGAAGUCCAAGGUUUUUGAAGAUUUCCUUGACCUGUCACUGCCUGUUUCAACAGAGUUUGAUGUUCCCAAAAAAGACAAAAAAAAGCCUAAUGAAACUGCAAAAGAUGAUAAACCCUUAAGUAAACACCAACAAAAAAUGAAAGCUAAAGCCACAAGAAAGAAUACACGAAAUAAAAAACGCUCUCAAAGCAAGUCAGAGAGCAAUGCUAGUGAUGAAAACAAAGAGUUAAAGCCAAAAAAAACUGAAGAUUCAGAAAAUACUUCAGAUUAUACAAACAUAGAAUUACAAGAGUUGAGUAACGAAACAGGAUCACUUUUGAUAAAUGAUGUUGAGAGUGCAAAAACUACAGAAAUUACAGAUAAUCAUAUUGCAACAGAAACUACAGUACUUACAGAUAACCAUAAUGCAACAGAAAUCACAGAACAUUUUGAUAACCAUAAUGCAAAAGAAACUACAAAAAUUAUAGAUAAUCAUAAUGCAACAGAAACUACAAAAAUUAUAGAUAACCCUAUUGCAACAGAAACUACAGAAAUUACUUGUAAUAGUUGCAUAAAUACUAUGAAAAGUUCAGAACUUUCAUACACAAGUUGUACCUAUCCUACCAACCCUACCAAUCAAGAUCCUACCAAUAGAGAAAAUUUUAAUGUAAAAAUUUGUACCCAUGCAUCACAUACAUUACAAACUCUGGAACAUACUGGUGACAGUUGUAACAAUAGUAUUUUAGAAAAUGCCAAGUAUGAAAAUAAUAAUUGCCAUGAUAAUAAUGUAAAAUCUGCAGACCAUAGAUGUGAUAAUAUUAUGCAAACUGUUGAGCAUGACUCUUUUACUAAUAAGUUAUUGAAAACUCAUCAUACAGAAGACAUUUUUAGUAACAAUUUUAUGGAAACCACACUUGAUAGUUGUAGUAAUAAUGUUGCAGGAACCAAUGACCACAUAGGAAACAGUUUUAAUGAUAAAAAAACCUUUAUCAAUAGUUUUGCAAGUAGCAGUUGUUCUAAUACAGUAAAUUGUAUUGAACUUUUAGCAGAUAGCUGUGCUGAAAAUAAAGAAAAAACUGCUGAGCUUGUUGUUCAAAGUUGCAACGAUGAUAUGGGAAAAUCUGUGUGUCUUGGUCGUCAUAGUGAUAGCAAGAACACAGAGAACAAUGUCAACAGUUUCAAAUCUGAUUUACUAGCUAACAAUUUUGUUAAAGCAGAUCUAAAAAGUGAAAUGCUUGAAGAUUCUUUUCAUCACAUUAAUACAUGUCACAGUUUGUCAGAGGAAGUAGAAAAAAAUGAUUUUUCUUUUAAAAAUUUAACUAUUAAUGACCAACGCUGCUGUAACUGUCAUAAUGCAGUUAAAAAUGAUGAAGUCAUUCAUGAUGAUGAAGUCAUUCAUGAUGACGAAGUCAUUCAUGAUGACAAAGUCGUUCAUGAUGACAAAGUCAUUCAUGAUGAGGAAGUCAUUCAUGAUGACGAAGUCAUUCAUGAUGACGAAGUCAUUCAUGAUGAAGUCAUUCAUAAUGAUGAAGUCAUUCAUAAUGAUGAAGUCAUUCAUAAUGAUGAAGUCAUUCAUAACGAUGAAGUCAUUCAUAAUGAUGAAGUCAUUCAUAAUGAUAAAGUCAUUCAAAAUGAUUAUUUUAAAGUUUCUUCUGUUGAUUGUAAUCAAGCUCAUAAAUUAUUUAAAGAAAGCUUUGAAAUCGUAGACGCUCAAAAGGAAUGUCCACAAAAUACCAAAACUGAUCUAUGUAGUUCUUUGCUUCAAAGUAAUAUGUCUCCUAAUUUCAAUGAAGUUGGUUUUGACUCAAUAGGAUCUGGUAAUGAGGUAGUCGCAACUUUUACUGAACUUAAAAUUGGAGACAGUGAAUCAUUUUGCAAAAUUGAUAUAAUUAGCUCUGGAAGUGAUUCUGGGCUCGGAUCUACAAACUCAGUUGAUGUUAAAUGCAGUGAAGAUGAGAUAGUUAAUGAUGAAGAUUUUUAUUAUGAAGAUAAUCAUUUUUCUCCACCAACAGAGGAGGAGAUUUUGUUGAAAGAAAGUUUUGGCGAAGAUGAUCAGCAAACACUUGCACCAUUCUCUUUUGUGGAACCAAAUAAUAACUGUAUAGAAGGCAUCCUGCAGCAGUUUUUUAGUGUUGAUAUACUAGAUGGUGCAAACAAGUUUUUGUGUGAGCAUUGCACUGGAGCUAAAAGCAAAAGUGGACAAAAAGCUAAAGAAAAAGUGUUUACAGUUGCUACAAAACAACUUUUAAUACAAAAAUUACCGGUAAUACUUACCCUGCAUCUCAAGAGAUUUGAACAAAUAGGUGGAGGAAGAUUGAGAAAAAUAACAAAACCUAUCAAGUUCCCAAAAGAACUCAAUAUGGCACCAUUUUGCUCAAUAUUUUCUGAUUGCCAAAAAGAUGGCGUAAAGUACUUUCUAUCAGGUUUGAUAGAACACUCUGGCGGUCUAAAUGGCGGUCAUUAUGUUGCUUAUGUUAAAACAAAAGGCGAUCAGAAAAAUCAAUGGUAUUGUAUUAGUGACUCGGAUGUCUCAAAGAUUUCCGAAGACCAGGUUUUGUCGAAGCAAGCUUAUUUGCUUUUUUAUGAACGUGUAGCAGCUAGGUAAUGUCAGUUUUUCUCCCUUAAGACAUUUUUUUUUUAGUUAAUUUCGUUUUGCAAUUUGAACAGUUAUAAUAUAUAAUUAUAAUAUUUGAAUCAUUAGACAAUUUAUGCGCAUCUGAAUAAAUUUUGCCAAAAAUUUUAUAUCAUCUUGCUCAACUUUUUAGUUCUGACUUUUUAAUACAAAUUGUGAUUUUUAUUUUUUAUAUAUUAUAUAUUCACUAAGUUAUUUAUUGAACUUUGUCCAAUCGAAUUAAUACAUACAAGAAAUUUUUUAAAAUUA